AUGUACUAUUCGACUGGCGAUCAGGGCCGUCGAAGCAUUUCGGACGACCUUGUGGUCCGCAAAAUCUCAACGCUGGGCGCAACGGCUGGUACUGUAAAGAAUUUUGCAGCCGACGGCGAACUUAUCUUGCUGCCCACUCCCACCAACGAUGCCAACGAUCCCUUGAACUGGUCUCGAGCAUACAAAUGGUACAUAACCUGUAUCGUGUGUAUGGGCGCUUUCAUGUCCAACUUGACCACAGCCGGCCCGAGCAUUGCCAUACUUCAGACAGGCAUGAGCUUUGGCACUACACCCGCCACGACUGCCUACCUUUUCACCGCAUCCGCUCUCAUGCUCGGAGCAUCCAUGUUCUGGUGGUCUCCCUUGGCGAGCAAGUUUGGAAAGCGACCCAUCUACGUGUUUUCCUAUGUCAUCUACUGUGGUACCUGCUUUGCGGCUGGCGGAUGCAAGACAUUUGGCUCACAGCUGGCCGUUCGCAUCAUCAUGGCAGCAGCGGCAGGCGCCGGUGAAAUGCUUGGUCCGCUUACCAUCAACGACAUCUGGUUCUUACACGAAAGGGCCACUCCCAUGGCGGCCUACAAUGCUUUCCUCUCGGUAGGCGUUAGGCUGCAAAGUCUGAUAAGGCCUAACUAA